AUGUCAAAUUCUUCAUCAUCAUCGUCUUCUUCUUUGAGGUUCCGGCGUCACUCCGGCGGCCCUUCUUCCGGCAGAUUACCCGAUGCUGCAGUGUCGUCCUCAUUGGUCGAAAAGCAAUUCAGACUCCUAGUCCAUGCAGGUCCUUCGAUUGAGAAUUUGGGUCAUUAUGCCGGCUAUUAUCGACUUCCUCACUCUAGAGAUGCAAGGAUGUUUUACUUAUUCUUUGAGUCGAGAAAGAAUAAGCGCAGUGACCCAGUUGUGAUAUGGUUGCCCGGAGGACCCGGAACUAGCUGUUUAAUAUCUAUGUUUUAUGAAAACGGGCCUUACCAUAUAAUCAACAACAAUACUCUUAUCUUGAAUGACUAUGGUUGGGACCAGGUCUCGAACUUGAUCUAUGUGGACCAGCCCAUCGGCACCGGUUUCAGCUAUAGUUCCGAUAACUCUGAUUUUCGUAAUGACCAAGAGGGUGUUAGCAAUGACUUAUAUGACUUCUUGCAGGCAUUCUUCGCUGAACAUCCUCAAUAUUUGAGGAACGAUUUCUACAUAACUGGAGAAUCAUAUGUCGGCCACUAUAUCCCUGUCUUAGCCUCUCGGAUUCACAAUGGAAACAGAAACGGAGAUGGUGCUCCCAUUAACCUUAAGGGUUUGGCUAUUAGAAAUGGAUUGACAGACUUGGCAAUUCAAUACAAGUCAAUGCCAGAAUAUGCUAAAAGUGUGAAUCUGAUCACAGAAUCUCAAGCCAUGGAAGUCUCCAAAAUGAUACCAGCCUGCGAGAGAGCCGCAGCUAAAUGCAAUGCAAGGCUAGGAGGAGGAGGAGAUAGCUGUAUAGAGGGGUAUUCUUACUGUAAAGUCAUAUUCGAUCAUAUAAAGGGAUUAAUUGCUAUUUCGAUAUUCGAAAGAGACGUGGGAGUUACGGUUGCCAUGAUUUAUCGUAUAUGGAAAACCUAA